CCCCCGACACAUCAGCCCGCAGCACAAACGCAUGAGGAGAGACUGGGACGACCACCGGGGGGAGCCUUACCGCUACGACAUGCCGUACGGAGGAGGCGGGGCUCCAUUUCCAGGGGCGGGGCCUCAGGGCUGGCAUCCGGACCUCCCCCACCACCUCCAUCCACAUCAUGGAGGUCACCCGCUGCAGGGCAGGUUGGGGAUGAUGGACCCGGACCUCCCUCCUCCCGGUCCUCCCGUCAUGAGGAGCUUUAAGGAGUUUCUGCUGAACAUGGAGGACAGCGUGGACGAGACGGAGUCGGUGAAACGCUACAAUCAGUACAAACUGGACUUCAGGCGGCAGCAGCUGCAGGACUUCUUCCUCCAGCACAAAGACCAGGAGUGGUUCCGCUCCAAGUACCACCCUGAUGACAUCACAGCAAAGAAGGCGGAGUCUCUGGCGGCCCUCAAGACCCGGCUGGGCGUCUUCCUCUUCCUGCUCAACAACCACUGGAUGGAAAACAUGUCCCUUGAUAUGGAGCACGCCCCCUCUAUCAUCAAACUGCUGGACGCAGCGGUAAUAAAGAUGGAGGGAGGGACAGACCUUGACCUGCAGGUCCUGGAGGUACCAACGUCCACUGCAGCGUCCGGGGGGGAGGCCAGCAGCAGCAGUGGAGGAGGAGGAGAGAAGAGUCAGACAGAAUCCAGCGGGGGAAACGCGAGUGCUCAGACCAGCUCCGAGUCGACGGGGAGUCGGACAGACGAGAUGAAGAGCGGCGAGACAGGCGAGGUGAAAGACUCUGAGAAGGACUGUGACGAAGAAGCAAAGCAGAACGGAGACGAGGAGAAGGAUGAGGAAGAGGAGGAGGAGGAGGGAGAGGAGGAGGAGAAGAAGAGGAAGAAGAAGAAGAAGAAGAAGAAGAGGAAGAAGGAGGAGGAAGAAGAAGAAGAAGAGGGGGAGGAGGAGGAAGAGGAGACCACAAAAAAAGGCAGGAAGAGGAAACGCAGCGUGUCAGUGGACAGCGGCGAGGGCAGCGCCUCGGACUCGGACUCCUCCCACUCUGACGGAGAGAAGGAGGAAGACGAGGAGGAGAAGGAGGAAGAGGAGGAGGAUGGAGAGAGUGGUAAGCGGCGGAAAGAGCGGGGGAAGGAGCGAGGGAAGGAGAGAGAGAAGGAAGCUCCUGCCAAGCCCCGCCCCCUCCACCUCACCACAUCCUUGUUCAUCAGGAGCAUCCCCCCCGAGGUGUCCAAGGAGGAGAUUACAAAUUUGUGUCGCAGGUAUCCAGGCUUCCUGCGGGUGGCGCUGUCUGACCCUCAGCCCGAGAGGAGGUUCUUCAGGCGCUGCUGGGUGACAUUCGAUCGCAGCGUGAACAUAAAGGAGACGUGCUGGAACCUGCAGAACAUCAGGCUCAGGGACUGUGAGCUCGCCCCGGUGGUGAACAGAGAUCUGUGUCGGCGUGUUCGCACCGUUAACGGUCUGACUCACCACAAACCGGUAGUGAGGAACGACAUCCGUCUGUCGGCCCGACUCAUCCACAGUUUGGACCAGAAGGGGGCGCUGUGGGCCGGAGAGGUGGAGACCAACCCCGUCCUGAAGAACAUCACUGAUUACCUGAUCGAGGAGGUGAGUGCUGAGGAGGAGGAGCUUAUGGGAGCGUCGGAGGCCAAUGACGAUGGGGCAGAUGGAAAAGACCCCACUUCUUCUGAGGUUACCGUGGAGACAGAUGACAAGCUGCUAAAGGUUCUGGACCGGCUGCUGCUCUACCUGCGUCUCGUUCACUCUGUAGAUUAUUAUAACUUCUGUGAAUAUCCUGCCGAGGACGAGAUGCCUCAUCGCUGCGGGCUGAUCCACGUACGAGGACCCCUACCUGUGGCCAAGAUCACUGCAGCCGAGGUGAGUGAACAUCAGAGGAUGUGUGAGGAGCGUCUGGCUCCGCUGCUCUCUCUGUCGGAGACUCUGAGUGAUGAAGACGCAGCCAGGCUGGGGAAGAAGGAGCCGGAGCAGGAG